UCAGUUAGGAAGAAGAUGAAGACGAAUGGACCUAAGACUCGGCUUCCAAAGGCGACCAAGUGUUCGAACUCAGUCCAGGAGGAUAUCGAGAUCGAAAUUGCAGAGGCUUUGUAUGGAUUGAUGAAGCAAUCACAAAGAUCCAAGGACGAAGAUAGCGCUGGAAAUCCUCUGUCAAAGCUUAAAUCUGAAGAUUCAAAUGGUUUCUCUACUGAUACCAAGGCCUUCUUUUCUCCUCAGAUUGCAAGCUCUGCACAGAGUCAAUCCCAGACAACGGUUUUGCCUGAUCCAUUGGUUGGCAUUGCGUCAAAGAAAAAGAAAGUGGAAGCUGAGGAUUCUCCAACUCCAGUGAAAGUUGAGAAUGUGCAACGGGCAAAAAUGGAAAUCUGUUCACCAAAACAGAGUCAAACAUCAGGACUUAAUGAGUUCAUUUCUGAUUUUAAUCUUGAUAAGGAUGCUUUUAAAAUGGUACCAGUGUUACUGGAUUCACGGGAGAACGUGGUGAUGAUUAAGCAUGGAGAUUCACAACCAUCCAUUGAAGAACCAAAUUUCGUAGAUGGAGCUGUGACCAAGGAAAAUUCUGUUUGGACUGAAAAGGAAUCCGCUAAAGUGGAUGUUGAUUUUCAGGAUUCGACAGUGACCAAAGCAAUAUCGACGGUGUCAAAAGUGGAGAUCCAACGUGAAGAGAAGUUCAAGAUCGAUUUGAUGGUUCCUCCUCCAAUGGCAUCAUCUCCGGAAAGGGAUAGCCCUGUGGAUAUCGCACAAGAUCCUGUACACAAGGUUCUGGAUACAGAGUCGAAGAUAGAGACUUUGGCUGAGGAUGAAGUAAAGGUUGUGAAGGAAGAAAUGAGAGCAGAAGAUGGUAAAGACAAGAGGAUGGAUACAAUUAGGGAGAAGCGAGAUUCAUUGAAUCUUGAUUUGGAGAAGCCGCAGCAAGAUAGUGGUAGUGAUUGUUGUAAAUUUGAACAACAUGGUCAAAAACAACAGCUAUCUAAAGUUGGCAUUCCUAAAGUGGAAAAAACCGCUCAAUCUAGUUCGGUGCCCGUGCCAAUCAACCUUGCUUGCUGGCCAAAUGGUCUGCCACCUUUGGGAUAUAUGCCUCCCUUCCAGACAAGUGCUCCCAUUGAUGGAAGUAUCAGAUCAUCCACAGCAUUACAGCCUCCUCAUUUCCUUCUUUCUCAACCUCGACCUAGAAGAUGUGCCAUGCAUCAUUACAUAGCUCGUAACAUACACUUGCAUCAGCAGUUCACAAAGAUGAACUAUUUUUGGCCAGCAGCGCCUGGUUCUGCUUCUUUAUGUGUGGCCAACCCCAACAACUUAGAUUUGGUGCCAUCCGCAGAAAAUUUGAUUCUUGGAAAUCCAUUUCAAAGAAGCUUCCAGGUUGUGAAUCUAAACCCUACAGAGGAGAAAGGCGAGGUUGCAGAGAUCUUUCCUGGUCUCCCAAACAGGAAAGACAAAAGCUCUGACUGCACCAAUUUCAUGGAUACAGCACAGAGAAAGGCCUCCCAACCAGCACUUGCUGGUAACUUGAUGCAUGGCCCUGCUUUCAUAUUCCCUUUGAGCCAGCACCAAAUAACGGCGAAUGAAUCUGGGCCUUCUAAAUCUGCUACCUCAAGUGACAAAGCAUCAUUGAUUAAUAAUUCAACACCUGGAAUUUCAACUAGCUCUACAGCAUUACCAGGAGUAGCAGCAGCUGUGAGCUUUAAUUACCCAAAUUUGGGUGCUAAUGAAGCUCCAUGCUUAACUAUACUACAGAACAAUGGUUACCCUUUUGCCAUCUCUGCUCCUGUCGGAAAACCAUUGGCCAGUAGAGAAGGAACCCCCACUCAAGCAGUGCCUUUCUUUAAUGGGUCCUUGUAUUCUUCUCAGAUGUUCCAUCCUCAACUUCAGCAGCAAGCUCACUCUCAGCCUCUGGUUCAACCAGCUUAUCAGAAUGCAGUCACAUCUAGUGGCUCGUCAUCAUCCCACAAGCAACUAGAAAGUCAGGCUCUACGGAGGGCACAAGUUAGUGGCAAUAAUUUUUUGAGCUCAACAAACAUUCAUUUACAGCAGUUGCAGAAGUAUCAUGUGCUCCCAUCCGAUCAAUCUCGCAAAAUGGAACCUGAGAUGAAUGGGGAGAAUACAACUGCAAAUAACCAAAAAAGUGUUUAUGGCCAGAACCCAGCACUUCCUGAUCAGCCGCUCAACUUUGCCCUGUUACCUUCUGCAACGUUGCGAGGUGGCAGUGUAAAUGGAAAUCACAGCGAGAAGCAGCUUUCACAACAGAAAAAUUUUAAGGGUGGAGUUGAUCUCGUCCCUCCACAAGCAUUUGCCAUGUCGUUUGCCUCUUUCGCUGGACGCAACAUAGUUUCUAAUCUUAACUUCUCGUCUAUGGCACAAAACCCCACAAACUUUCAUAGCCGACCUGAUAUAGCUUGGCAAGGAUACCAGGUUGCAUCUGUACCACAAGCUGCGCAGAAGAAGAAUCACCAAAUAUCUGACGGGAAAAAUGGAGCCGGUUCCACCAAUCUGGAUGAUGGAAAAAAGGUAAGUUCAGGGAAGUCAGAUGCAACAAACGGGCAUACUUAUGUUUUGGACAAUUCAGAUAGAACUUCGAACUUCGUAUCCUCUCCUGUCACUGGAAAUUGGCCUCCUCGAUCCGUCACCUCCACCAAAGUAACCAUAAAUUCUCCCAUUGGUGCUAGUUCACCAAAUUCCCAACAACAGUUGCUUCAGCUUCAGAGGCAGCAUAUGGUGCAACAUCAGCAGCAACCUGCUACAGCUUCUCGAAGCAAAACUCCCACAACCAACACCAUGCCUGCAUCUUUCAUUGCUUCCAAGUUUUCUAGCAACGCUACACAAUCAAUCCCGUGGAAAUACUCAACAAGAACCCAGGCUUCCCAGGCUACCAACGUCGCAGGCGGCAAAAAUUUUCCCCAGCAACUAUCGAGGUCUCCACAAGGCCAAACCCAGAUAUCGUUUGGGGUAAAUAUCAAGUCUGGGUUAUUGCCACAAGGACAAGAAAUUCCUACGAACAGGCAGUCUGUGUCUUCUAUGAUUGUUAGGUCUCCACCUAGCUGUGGCAACUUGAGAACAAGUUCAACAGGUAGCAAAAUUGGCACAUCAGUUCCCACACUACAAUCACAACAGAGCGAGAAUUCUUCUGCUGGUAAUGGUCAGAAAUCCUCUCCGGUGUGUGGAAGGAACGUGCCUUCAAUCUUGAGCACAUGCCCCAGCCACCUUUCCGAACCAAGUAUUGAAAUUUAGCUGCAAUUAGUAUAUUGCAACAGCAGAUGCCUUCUUCUCUCACAGCCUGCCUCAAUGAAAUUUGAAAGGGAAAGGCACAGGACACGUUAGAGAGAGUUUGAGGUACCAAGGUUUUCAUAUUAAGUGAAGAGCACGCGGUUUUCUUGUUUUGCCUGAGGAAGUAAGGAUUUUGAUUGUCUGCAGAUUCAGCGGAGGUGUAAAGAGAAAGGGCUUGGGAAUUGAAUGUGCAAUGCAGUUGGUUAGAAUAGAAUAUUCAGUGCUAGUCAGACUUGUUCCGACAAGAGGAUCUGGAGUGGUGCUAUGAUCAAAAGGCACGUGGAGUUGCGGCCACCAAGCGUCACAAUCACAUCAGCAUGUGCCAGUUGGCGGGGACCGGGGUCAUUGGUCAAGAAGACAUGAUAACGUUUAAAGGUGGUUGGGUUUUUAUGAAGUCUACGAAGUUGUUGUCGAAAGUGGGGAGCUACCAUAUUUUGGGGAUUUAUGGUUGGUUGCUUAGAUGUUCAAUUGGAUCAACUUAGUUUGAUUAGUCUAAGUUGAUGCUGACGUGUAAAUAGGAUAAUCAUUUUGCAAAGAAGACAAUGUUCCUAAUACUUUCAUUAUUUCAUUUUUGAAAUUAUCCUUUGCCCAUCUGGCUAUAAGCCUUUUUCCCCGUUUCCCUCAUUUUGUUUAUUGAUUGGGGUGGGGACCGUAAGAGAUAUUUGAAGUUAUAGAAAAGAGAACAAAAAUAAAUCUUUCCGGUAGAAGAUAAAGACGGAUUUUUUUUUUUUUUCAUUGAAACCGUUGAGCUGAAAGCAACCGAUCUUUAUUGACCAUUUGGCCUAUUUGUAUUAUUUUGUGCCCUUUAUGCACUAGCAUUUGCUCGAUACGGGGAUUA